AUGACAGCUGAUAAGGAAAAGAAAAUUAUGACGUUUGCUAGAGACACACCUGACGAAGUUAUUACCGAGGUGGAACAAAAGAUUAAAGCUUUAGGAAUGAAUAGACUUGGUAGCAUGAUGCCAAAGGGCGGUGGUAAAGGGGUAAUUACCGGUGCCGGAGCUUUACUAACGUUAGGUGCAGCCGCUAUCAAAUAUACGCGACUUUUUGGAGUACAAAAAGAAAUUUACAGUGAAGGUACACAUUUGAUGAUUCCAUGGUUUGAAACACCUAUUAUUUACGAUGUUAGAGCAAAACCACGAAACAUCGCGUCUUUGACGGGUACAAAAGAUCUUCAAAUGGUGAAUAUUACAUGUCGUGUCCUAUCAAAACCCAGAACAGAAUCAUUAGCCACGAUUUAUCGUUCACUUGGAACGGAUUAUGAUGAACGAGUUCUUCCAUCAAUUGUAAAUGAAGUACUUAAAUCAGUUGUUGCACAAUUUAAUGCAUCUCAAUUGAUCACACAACGAGAACGGGUAUCACGUCUGGUCCGUGAAAACCUGACGCGUCGAGCACUCCGGUUCAACAUCGUUCUUGAUGACGUAUCAAUCACGCAUGUAGCAUUUUCACCGGAAUUUACACAUGCAGUAGAAGCCAAACAAAUCGCACAACAAGAAGCACAACGGGCAUUUUUUGUGGUCGAACGAGCUAGACAAGAAAAACAAUCGAUUAUUGUUCGAGCCGAGGGAGAAGCCAAAUCAGCAGAAUUGAUUGGUGAAGCUAUUAAGAAUAAACCAGGGUUCAUUGAAUUAC